AUGGUUGCCCGACCACGCAGACCCCUCGUCUCGCUCGAAGCGCAACUCCAACAACUUACACUCUUCUCCGACCUCGAUGCCGACCAGGAGAACCUCGAGCAGCUCGGGCCCAUCAUCAAAUCACUCGACGAAGCACGCCAGCAAGAUGCCUUCUUACGACACCUGAAAAACUUUGUGCGCGAAAAAGAUCGCGAGAUCGAAGCUGUCUGCGAUGCCAACCACAGCGAAUUCGUUGCGGCGGUCGACAAGCUGCUCAAAGUGCGGUCGGGCACUGUUACGCUCAAGCAUCGAAUUGGGGAGCUGAAUGAGGAUGUUCAGGCGGGGGGUAGCUCGUUGGGGAAUAAAAAGAAGCAGCUGCUCGAGACGCAGCGCACGGCGAGCAAUGUCAAUGAUGCGAUAGUGUCGCUGCAGACAUGUUUGCGCGUGUUGGAUAUGGCCAAUCGCGUGGAUGGGCUGAUACAGGAUAAAAAGUUUUUUGCAGCGUUACGGAGCAUGCAGGAGCUGGAAUCGGUGCAUCUGCGCGGGCUGUUGCAUCAUGACUUUGCCAAACACAUGAUGGAGGGUAUCCCUCAGAUGAGGGGCCAAGUGAAAGCUGCAGUGACGAGGGAGAUGAAGGAAUGGCUGUUCGAGGUGCGCGAGAAAUCCAGGACUGUGGGUCAACUGGCGUUGGAAGCAAUGGAAAACCGGCAGAAGCGAUGGCGGGUCAAGGCGCAACGCGACCCUUUACUGCGCCUAGCCAAAGUCAACUCUGCGAUCGAGCUCGUCGUCAACGAGCGCGUCGAGCAUAACUUUGUCGACAACGACAAGGUAUCCAUCGACUUUCGACCGCUCUACCAGUGCAUUCACAUCUACGAUGCGCUCGACUUGCGCGAAGAGCUGCAGAAAUCCUACCACGAAGACCGACGUGCCCAGGCCAACCUGCUCUUGAACCAAGGUUUGACGUUCAAUGCUGCCAACCCGAGCUUUCCGGCGCUGCUGGAAGAAAUGGUCGGCUUUUUCCUGGUGGAGCACCACGUGAUCCAGACCACACCUGCUGGGUUCCGCGAGGAGGCCGAGGUGGACGACCUGUGGGAUACCAUGUGCGGCCGCGUUGUCGACAUUGUCUCGCUUGCCUUGCGCGAUUGCAAGGACACCAAAGUCUACGUCUCCGCCAAAGCAUCCAUCCAGACCUUCAUCCAAACGCUCGAAGGCUACUCGUUCCCCGUUGCCAAACUCAACGCUCUCCUCCUGACACUCUUCGAGCGCUACGCCCACCUACUACGCGAUCGAUUCAGCAAGGACUUCCAGCAAGCGAUGCGUGAGACACAGCAUCAGCCUAUGGUCGUGUCCAGCGCCGAGGAGCUGCAGAAAGUGUUGUCGGUUUGCUGGCUCAAGCCGGGCGACGACGUCGUGUUAAGGCAGUCCGGGUUCCCGCUCUCUCUGCCCUUUUCACAGACGUACCCGCUGUGCUGCAUGGACAUCCGCAACCUGGUGGAUCAAUACUAUGUAUUCUCGGACGGGUUUAGUUUCAGUCAGAACCACCGCGAGAUCGACGAGAUCCUCAAGAAAUCGCUCGACGAGCUGCUGAUUCAGCAGGUGAGCACGGGCAUUCGGAGGUCGCUCGACAAUACGGCAGCGAUUAACCUAUCGCAAAUUGCCCAGAUUGUCGUCAAUGCCGAGCAUUUCAACUUGGCGUGUUUGGAGCUGGAAAACUUGUUGGCGGCGUUGAGGGCGCCGCAUGGGAGAGGGGGUAAGCUGCAGUUAGAUGCGAGUAAGCACUUUGUGGCGACGCUGCGCAUUGCGGAGGACAAGAUCAAUUUGGCGUUUGCGGCUAAGCUGGAUCAGUUCUUAGGGUUGGCCGAGUACGAUCUGGCUCCUGUGCCGGCGGCAGCGGCGGUGGGGCAGGGACAGCACUCGGGGUGGUUGCAGGAUACGGUCGACUGGUUGCGGACGAUGAUGGAGUCGGUUCUUGUGUUGCUCCCGCCGGGAGUCAAGGCGAAAGUGUACAGUGCGGCGUACGCACACCUUUCGAACAGCUUGCUGGACCGCCAGGUGUUGGGGCCCGACUCGUCUCCACACGCAACCAUCGCUGGGCUGCAAGCCAUCCUCCUCGACCUCCAGUACCUGACACGCAAGGCCACCGAGGACAACGUGCCGCUCGGCGUGUUCGAGCCUACCCGCCAGACGCUGGACCUCGUGUGCCAGGACAAGCUCUCCGAGUACACCACCUCGAUCCAGAGCGGCAAGGUCCCCGGAAGCGGAGAAUGGAAGUGGUGCAGUGUCGAGCCGCGCAAGUUGUUGCAGGUGCUCGAUAAGCUGGCGAAAGCGCAGCGGGGCGGGGCGGUGACAGAAGAGGCAUUGAAAAGCCAGCGCGAGCGGGAGGCGCUGGUGCGGAUCUUGGGGACCGUUGGUGGAGGCGUUGGCAAUGGGGCUUUCCGCAGGUCCUAG